ACUUCUCUGUAACUGGAGAUGUGCUGUCAUUACUGACUGUGAUGAGCCAGCAGCAGCAGCAGCAGUCGGAUAUUUCACAAACACGUCCCAGAAAUAGUUGUAUAAAAUACAGUCAGGGGAGGGAGAUAAAAGCAGACUGUCCAUUGCAGUCAUUUGCUUUCUUUCGGGUGUCAUAAAUGUCUAAGUUUUGGGCGAGCUUGUACAGAAAAUAUGCAGUCGGCAGCUUUGAUGGAUCUGAAGGGAUGGAAAACCCCGGAUACCGUACCGGGAGCUUUGACGCCCUUCAUCACCCCAGCGACGAUGAUGAUGACGAGAUGGUGGACAUUGCAGGAGCCACACUCGACUUCUCCAGCACGGACGACGUCCCUCCUCUCAGCUCAGGAGGUUACGAGAAGUACAGCAGCAGCGGUGGCGCCGCCAGAGCAGCCGGUAUGAACGGUGACGGACCCAGUAAGCUGGUGGACCCCCUGGAGGACCCACUUCCUGGAGUGGGCACCUACGAAGACUUCAACACUAUCGACUGGGUCAGGGAGAAAAGCAAGGACCGGGACAGACACAGAGAGAUCACCAAUAAGAGCAAACAGUCGACCGUGGCUCUGCUGCUCAGCAUCAGCGAUGCGUUCUCUGGAUGGCUGCUCAUGCUGCUGGUGGGACUCAUGUCAGGUGCUCUUGCCGGCGGCAUCGACAUCGCAGCCCAUUGGCUGACGGACAUGAAGGGCGGGGUGUGUCUCGCCGGCUUCUGGUUCAACCACGAGCACUGCUGCUGGACGUCCAACGAGACAACCUUUCAGGACAGAGACCAGUGUCCGCAGUGGCAGAGCUGGGCCGAGCUCAUAACGGGCACCUCGGAGGGUGUGUUUGCCUACAUAGUGAACUACCUGAUGUAUAUCGUCUGGGCUCUGCUCUUUGCUUUCCUGGCCGUCACGCUGGUCAGAGCCUUCGCUCCGUACGCUUGCGGCUCCGGUAUCCCAGAGAUUAAAACCAUCCUGAGCGGCUUCAUCAUCCGCGGCUACUUGGGGAAAUGGACCCUCAUCAUCAAGACCAUCACUCUGGUUCUAGCCGUCUCCUCUGGGCUCAGUUUAGGGAAGGAAGGCCCUCUGGUCCACGUAGCCUGCUGCUGCGCUAACAUACUGUGUCAUCUCUUCACCAAAUACCGUAAAAACGAGGCCAAGAGGCGAGAGGUGCUGUCAGCGGCGGCAGCGGUCGGUGUGUCCGUGGCGUUCGGCGCUCCCAUAGGAGGAGUCCUGUUCAGCCUGGAGGAGGUGAGUUACUACUUCCCUCUGAAGACGCUGUGGCGUUCCUUCUUCGCCGCCCUGGUCGCAGCCUUCACUCUUCGCUCCAUCAACCCGUUCGGGAACAGCCGCCUGGUGCUGUUUUACGUGGAGUUUCAUGCUCCGUGGCACCUAGUGGAGCUGGGCCCCUUUAUACUGCUGGGGAUAUUCGGAGGCCUCUGGGGGGCGCUGUUCAUCAAGGCCAACAUCGCCUGGUGCAGGAGACGUAAAUCCACCCGUCUCGGCCACUACCCCGUCAUCGAGGUGCUGGUGGUCGCCGCGUUGACCGCCCUGCUCGCCUACCCAAACAGCUACACCAGGAUGAGCGGAGCCGAGCUCAUCUCCGAGCUUUUCAACGACUGCUCCCUGCUCGACUCGUCUCAGCUGUGCGGCUACAAGCAGCCAACCAACAUAUCAGAAACAGGUGUGGGUAACAGCCUGGCGGACCGGCCGGCAGGAGAAGGCCUCUACACGGCUCUGUGGCAGCUGUCUCUGGCUUUAGUCUUCAAGAUGAUGAUCACUGUGAUUACCUUCGGCAUGAAGGUUCCUUCCGGGCUCUUCAUCCCCAGCAUGGCGGUCGGAGCCAUCGCCGGCAGACUGCUGGGUGUCUGCAUGGAGCAGCUGGCCUAUUAUAACCACGACUGGUUGAUCUUUAAAGGGUGGUGCUCGCCAGGAGCGGACUGCAUCACCCCGGGGCUCUACGCUAUGGUGGGAGCCGCCGCGUGUUUAGGUGGAGUGACUCGUAUGACAGUCUCGCUGGUCGUCAUCAUGUUUGAACUGACUGGCGGUCUGGAGUACAUCGUCCCCCUCAUGGCCGCGACCAUGACCAGCAAAUGGGUAGCAGAUGCUUUCGGAAGAGAGGGAAUCUACGAGGCUCACAUCAGGUUGAACGGCUACCCGUUCCUGGAGCCUAAAGAGGAGUUUGGGCACAGCAGCCUGGCGGUGGACGUGAUGAGGCCCAGGAGGUCGGACCCUGCGCUGGCUGUGCUCACACAGGAGGGCAUGACCGUAGGGGAGGUGGAGGCCUUGGUGGAGAGCACUCACUACAGCGGCUUCCCCGUGGUCGUCUCCCAGGAGUCCCAGAGGCUCGUGGGAUUUGUACUCAGAAGAGAUCUGCUCAUAUCAAUAGACAACGCCCGGAAGCGUCAGGAAGGCGUCGUCAGCGCAUCUCAGGUGGUUUUUACCGAGCACGCUCCGGCCCAGGCUGCAGACGCCCCGCCUCCCCUCCGCCUCAGAGGCAUCAUGGAUCUGAGUCCCUUCACGGUCACGGACCACACACCCAUGGACAUCACCGUGGAUAUUUUCAGGAAGCUGGGGCUACGCCAGUGUCUGGUUACACAUAACGGGAGGCUGCUGGGAAUCAUCACUAAAAAGGACAUACUGAAACACAUGGCGCAGAUAGCCAACAGAGACCCUGACUCGAUCCUCUUCAACUGAAACCCCUCCGUCCUCUCUUCCUCCUCCUCCUCCUCCUUAUCAUCAUCAUCAUCAUCAUCAUCCCUCCGUCCCUCGCCUCUGUAGACCAGGGGGAGAGCAGACUCUUUAAGAAGACACCAGCUUGUACACUUUUUUGAAAUGAAACGCACCUUUACCUCUUCUUCUAAGAUUAAAAAAAACAAAGCCAACUAAGUCGUGCUCCGUUUGCACAGAGGACUCGAGGACAGUGGAUGUUUUUUUGUUUUUGUGGGGUUUUUUUUGUUGAAUGAAGGUUUUUUUCUCAGAAACAGUGACUCAUCUUUAAUGACACUUCUGCCCCCCCCAUUUCAUGUUCAACCCAGAAGGAUGUAGGACAGUCGACGGGGGAAAAAAAACGUCAAAUCUGCUCGUUUUUCACUCUCCUUUCUUUCUUUUUUUAACGAGUUUGGAAGAAAGGAGAAAUCUGUAACUCAGAGGAGCAAGCUUCGCCGUCUUGCUCCUCUACUACGCUGCAGAGAGAAAGAAGAUGUGAACAGAUAAUCCGCUGUUAAUACAAGGAGGAAGAGAAUUUAAAGACAUCAGGAAAGAUAAAUAGAAAGUCCGGGGAGCUCCGUGCCUGUCCCCUCCGGCUGUCGGAGCGAGCACAAGCCCAGACACAGCUCUCUGAGCCGGGCUGAUGGAUGCGCAGUCACCCACUCCCCCCCCUCUUCCCCUCCCUCUGUGAGGUUUCCUGUAGCCUGGGGGGGGGGGCAAAGGAUAAGCAAGUGUGAGAAGAGGAUCUACUAAACACACACACACACUUAACACUCCAUUAAGACUUCAUGACAGCCUGUGAACUCUCCAUAAAUGUCUUUUUUUUUUUUUUUUUUGUCAUAUGGACUCAUGAGAUGUGUGAGACUCCAGCCAGCCUGGGAAACUAAGAGAUGUUGUCUCGUCUGGUCCGUACGGACUCCUCCGAUUGGCUGUAUGACUAAUAUAUAUAUGUAUAAAAAAUCAUACACACAUAGACGAUGCUGCAAAAAACCAUGUCAUGCCUUAUGAAAGAGUUCAGGUGUUUCUGGGCUGCUGUGGAAGGGCUACAAUACAAAACAACGAGAGAAUCAUGACACAUAAUUUAUGUAAAUGUAUAAUUGUUUGUCCCACUAAAUUAUUUCACUGAUAAA